AUGCAGAUAUCCUCGGCGAAAAAAUCGGUCCAAAACAUUUCCAUUUCCCUCUUGCGACGAUGCAUGAUCUCGUCGACGACGUCUCAAACAGCAACGACGGCUACUUCCGACAAAUUUCUAGGGAAGCUCCCUCCGUUUGAGUACAUCCUGCCUCCGUACACAGGCCCCUCCGCCGAUGUCAUUCUUAACAAAAGGAAGGAGUUUCUUAUUAGCUCUUCCAUCUCUUGUCUCUACAAAAAACCGUUGAACAUAGUGGAUGGGAAGAUGCAGUAUCUAUUCGACGAGAGUGGUCGGAGAUACUUAGAUGCAUUUGCUGGCAUCGCAGUUGUGAACUGUGGACAUUGUCACCCUGGUGUGGUUACACCUGUCAUCGACCAAAUCAAACGACUUCAGCAUCCUACCGUUCUUUACCUUAACCAUACCAUUGCUGACUUGGCUGAAGCUCUCGCUUCUAAACUCCCUGGUGAUCUCAAGGUGGUGUUCUUCACCAACUCAGGGACAGAGGCUAAUGAGUUAGCACUUAUGAUGGCUAAGCUGUAUACUGGUUAUCAAGACAUUGUCUCUAUUCGUAACGGGUAUCAUGGUAAUGCUGUUGCAGCUAUGGCUGCUACUGGUCAUAGCAGUUGGAAGUUCAACGUGGUUCAGACUGCGACUCAUCACGCUUUGAACGCUGAUCCAUAUAGAGGUGUGUUUGGUUCUGAUGGAGAAAAAUAUGCAAGAGAGUUGCAUGAUCUUAUCCAAUAUGGCACGCCCGGAAACAUUGCUGGUUUUCUUUUUGAACCUAUACAGGGAGUUGGAGGGAUGGUGGAGCUAGCUCCAGGCUACUUAUCUGCGGCUUACGACAUUGUAAAGAAAGCUGGAGGGUUGUUCAUUGCUGAUGAAAUACAGUCUGGUUUCGCACGUACUGGUAACUUCUGGGGGUUUGAGGCUCACAAUGUUGUCCCUGACAUAGUAACCAUGGCAAAGGGGCUUGGGAAUGGGUUUCCUAUUGGAGCAGUUGUGACAACUCCAGAGAUUGCUGGAGUGCUGACAAGUAGAUGUUACUUCAACACAUUUGGUGGGAAUGCUGUGGCUACUACAGCUGGUCUAGCUGUUUUGAAUGUGAUUGAGAAAGACAAGCUUCAGGAAAAUGCAGCAAUGGUUGGAUCUUAUCUCAAAGGAAAACUCAACCAGCUGAAAGAGAAGCACGAAAUUAUUGGGGAUGUACGGGGAAGAGGACUGAUGAUUGGAGUAGAGCUGGUGAGUGAUCGCAAGCUUAAGACUCCUGCAACUGCUGAGACUCUGCAUAUUAUGGAUCAAAUGAAAGAGCUUAGUGUGUUGGUUGGGAAAGGAGGCUACUUUGGUAACGUGUUUAGAAUCACACCACCUCUCUGCUUCACUAAGGACGAUGCAGAUUUUCUCGUUGAAGCCAUGGACUACUCAAUGUCCAAGAUUUGA